AUGGCCAGAAAAGCUUCGUAUAUUACAUUAUUUAUUCUUUUAAUAUCUAUUCUUGUUCAAUUCGCAAAUUUCGCGAACACAGAAGAUGCAAACAAUGACGAUCCUACAACAUGGCUGGGCCAUAUGGAGCCCCUUGGAUCUCGAAAUAUAAAACAUUCUGUAACUUCCGUAGACCAAUUCCCAAAACCUCAGGACUUUUUUCGAGAUUUUGUUGCGCCUAGUAAACCUUUGUUAAUAAAGAACGGUGCGAAGAUUUCGCCAGCUUUUAAGGUGUGGACGGAUGAUUAUUUUGUGUCCCUACCUGGAGCAGAAAAUACAACAGUGUUUGCAGAACAACGAAAGAAAGAAAAUAGAACAAUCCCUGGAAUGGAGAUGAGUUUUAAAGAAUUCGUACAAAGCUAUAAUAAUUCUGAUAUUUACAUGGUCAAUGGUGUUCCUGAUAUAUUACAGUAAGUAUAUUUCUUUGUUAUUGUUUAAAAAUUGUGCAUAUUUGUUAUGUAAACAAAUUAUUUAAAUGUGUGAACUAUCAAUCAAAUAUUAAUCUCUAUUUAAUAAGUUGCAUAUUAACUUUGAAAUAUAUUCUAAAUGAGCAUGUUGACUAACUGUGUUUUAUUUUUCCUGAUAGAAAAGAUAUUUUACUACCUCCUGCUUUGCUUUGUGAAGACGUAAAGCCACAUCUUGUUGACACGGUUAGUAUAGGUAACACAGAUGGAUUUUCUGGCGGUGGUGUGCCCCCAUAUUUUUUACCUUCUCGGAAUGUUUUGCACCUCCACCUAGAGAAUUUUGCACCUCCACCCUGAAAUUUAAAUGCUUGUUGGAUUAAAUAACAGUAGUAUGAUUGAAAUAAGGAUUUUGAACUAAAUAGACCAAAACUCUCAAAAUUACCUGGUGGUUUUACCCCAACCCUGUCCACACUAUCGACUGUGCCCCCAGACCCCUCAGCAGCUUGCUUGGUGGGUGCUAACAUGCCCCCCUCAGUCACACCUCCCCCCCUAACUUUUUUGCACCCCCAGAGCUACAGGGUAACAACAACAGUCAAGUGUGCUCAACAAAUUGAUAAGUUACCAUUUUUGCACCAUUAGCAAUACUUUUUCGCCUGCAUUUUAGGUGAUGUGGUUUAGUAGUGGAGGAACAAAGUCUGUAUUUCAUCAUGAUGAUGUUGAGAAUAUCAAUUGCUUAUACCGUGGUUCCAAAACUUUGUUGUUUGUUGAGUAUCAGAAAUACAAAAGUAAGGUAAGUACAUGUGCAGCAUUUGUCAAGAAGGGUGUGCAAAAAUGACAUGUCUUCAGAUCAUGACUUUAGACAUCAGGGAGCUAUUAGCUUAUUAAUUACAAGGAAUGGAACCAGCUAUCAUCUAAACCUUUAGUACAUCUCUAUCAACUUGUUAAAAAAAACAUAAGGCUAUAAGCUAUUGAGCAAUUAAAACCUUUUGUUCAAUAGCAAGCAGACCAAUCAUCCGAAUAAAAUCUUAUUGUAUGCAGAGUUUGUCUUGAAGGAGGAUUUUGUAUAAAUAUGAUAAAUGUCUAAUGUUCUUUUCAUCUUUCUCUAGCUGCGACUAGAUAAUGCUUGGGGUGGAUUCUCUGGUGUUGAUGUUGACAAGUACGUAUUCCUAAAGCAAAAAAAAUAGGACCUUUCUACAAAUUUCAAGUGUUGUUUCAAAUUAAAUUUAGAGUGGAUUUCACAAAAUAUCCAAUAUUUCACGAGGUUGAAUUUUAUGAAGCCAAAAUGGAAACUGGAGAUUGUUUGUUUAUUCCUUUUAAAUGGUAUGUUUUAUCACAUGUGAUAGUUGAAUAAUUAAGAGUAGAUUCACUGUAGGGUUAACCCAUUAAGCAGCAAUGCGGCCACUUUAUUCUUUUACUCUGUCUAACGCCAGACGAUUUUACUCUUCAAGGAGAGAGUCUUGCACUCUAAUGGGUUAAUGCAGGGAAUUUGACGAACUAGGAUGCACCAUAAACUGCAUGGGUCUUAUUAUUGAGUGGAAAUUUAUAAACAUUUAUUAGACAUAACCAGGAACACCUGCGAAAAAUGCAACGAUAGGUCCCUGGCAGGAAUUGAACCUGCAGCCCUGUGAUUCCAGUGCAGUGCUCUGAGCUACAGAGACCAGUUGUCAAGCACUAUUUGCUACAGAGAGUCAGAGACAACUUACUGGCAUAAAUUGUCGAGCAACUAUUAUUGAGUCGAGUGAGAUGCCAGCAAAAUCUCGAUAUUUACCCCAAAAUUGUAUACCUACCACCAGGUGAGAGCCCAUGUCUUAGGCUGAUGUUUUUCCCUCGAACAGUAAUUGCCAUAUUCCCCAGUUAUGAUACACCUUGCCAUGGUCAAUAUGUGCCUUGCAGCUCAGCUUACCCCACCCCAUCAUGCUCAAUAUGUUGCUGUCAACAUGAAUCAUGAAAUUUUCAGUUUGUACUACACAAUGCUAACUACUGGUACUUCUGGGAGUACACACCCCAAGAAAUGAAACCCCACCUAUAUGGAUGCUAACCAUUUCCAGGUAUCAUCAAGUGACUUCAGUUGGACGCAACAUUGCAGUUAAUAUUUGGUGGAAACAUCUUCAUUCAUUUGUACCAAGCAAGUGUGACGACAUGCCAACUGGUGCAACAUUGGAUCAGUUUAAUUUUACAUCUCUUAAAAAAAAUGGUGCUGAUGAUGAUGAUGAUGGUGAUGGUGAUGAUGAUGCUGCUGAAAGUGACGAGCCUGAAAACUUAAUGUAAGUUUACUUGCAGGGUCUGAAAUUUACAGUAUCCCGAUAUCCACAGGAUACUAAAAUUUGGUUUUGUAUACCAAACUGUGAAUGACUCAUAUCCCAACUGGAUACUAAGAAAAUUUCAAACAUUAGGAAAAUGUUAAACACCUCUGACAGUCUGCUGAUAGCUUUUGAAUACUACGAGUUUGUCACCCAAGCCUUUCCUCAUAUAAUGUGCAUUUUUGUGGAUUAAUGAAUUGUCUAGUUAUUGGAUGGGACAGGGUAGAAUACUUAUGGUAACCAGUAUCCAGAAGUGGGAUACUGGAUUCUCAGGGGGGGGGGGGUACUAAACUUUGAAUCCUGGUAUCCCAGUUGGAUACUGAGAAAAUAUUUUAAUUUCAGACCCUGACUUGAAAUGUAUUUUGUAGACUAUUUAUUUGGCUGUUUCAUCAAUGUGUUGUAAUAUUGUAGAGUCUUCAGCAGAAGACAUAACUAGAAAUAUGCACUCCUCCUUUCUCUACACAACCAUGUAUAUAACUAUUUUGUUCAAUAUAAUUAUGCACACAGGGAAAAAUCAUGGUGAAUAAUUAAUCAUGGUUUCUACCAAUUUACCAUUUGUCAUUUGAGAAAUUUAUAAUAAUUAAGCAAUAAUGAUAAGUUUUUCAUGAAUGGUUUCAACAUGGUAAAUCUCCCAUUAUUGGAAAGUUAAUUUUCCUGUGAUAUCAGUGUUGAUUGUGUGUACAAUUUCUUAUAUAUUGCCCCUGGUGUACAGUAUCUUAUGUUUUUUACUACCAGGGAGAUGUUGGCUUUGGUUCUUAAGAAAAAAAAGCAUUUAUCUUAUGAUGAUUUUGUUAAUUUCCUUAAAGAUGUAAGUAACAAUGAAUCUUUUGUUUGAGAACAAUGUCCCUGUUGUUUGAGAACAAUGGUUUUGAACAAUGAGUAUUGUUUUAGAACAAUAAUUCUAUUCUGCCAGGAGAAUGACUUUUAUAUUGGUAUUCAGGCAUUGUACCAGAAUAAUAGUUAAUUUAUUUUCUUAUUUAGAAUAUUCAGGCCGAAGUAAAACCCGAAUUUGAACCUGAUAUCAUGGAGUUUAUAGGACAUGUACGUAUACUGAUUAAAUACUGUAUACCCAACACUUACAGUUGUGUUUAAACGUUAUUUCAAUUUCUAAAGGUCUCCUUUUUCUAAUAUAUGCACCCCAUCAAUAUUUCACACACUACGGUUCAGCAUAUGUGCAAUUGAAAAGGCAUUCAAAUUUUAACAAUUUGGUUGAUUUCUAAAGGUCUUCUUUUUUUUAUACACCCUGUAUAAUAGUACAAUUUUAAUAGGUUUUGUUUGUGGAAACACCAAAAUUUACGUGGUGUUUCCACAAACAAAACCUAUUAUAUUUUAUCACCAUGCUAACAUACAAAGAACUUAGUACAAUGAUUUUAAUUUUUAUAACGAGUAAAUGUGUCACUCUUUUAUGUACUGUAGGUAUUUCAAUCGACAGAUGUAAAUAAAGAUGGCAGCGUAGACGUAGAGGAUAUUAACCAGUUGGAUGAAAAGGUAUGAACAAUUGUUGUUAAGUGUGAAAAUAUAUUAUAUAUACAAAAUAAGUUUAAUCGAGAAAAUCCGGUUUAACUUUGAGAUUAAGCUGUGAGAUUGAGUUCUUCGAAGAAUCGAUUAGUAAGUCUCUAAACUUUUGAGCUAGUCUGUUAGCUUGUCAUAAAGUUUAAUUUAUCUUACGGUUAUUCAAUGCACUUAUAAUUCUCCGAAACUUAUGUACAACCACUUUCUGGUAUCAUGCACCGUGAAACGUACACGUCGAUUUAAUAUGCAUUUUUUGUGAAGCUGCACAGGUUUCCUAUAAAUAUAAUUCUCCGAAACGUAUGUACAACCACUUUCUGGUAUCAUGCACCGUGAAACCUACACGUCGAUUUAAUAUGCAUUUUUUGUAAAGCUGCAAAGGUUUCCUAUAAAUAGGAUUCAAGGUUAGAAAUGCGAAGAAAUUAACGCCGUUUUUCUGAAGUUUCCAACUGUUUAUUUUUUUGUACUCCGUUAAACGUUGUUUGUACUUCGUGGGUUUUUAAUCGUUAAAUUCGAGGCUGCUUAUUACCAUGCAUAUAUUCGGCAAACAUUCAAUAUGGCAAUUAUGACAAGCCUGCAUCAUUGAAUCAUUAAAGAAUUUGCUCAUAGACAGUUCAGCAAUAGAAGUAUAGAAAAGUUUUACAAGGUUAGUAUAGUGAUUUUGUGUAGUAAGUUGUGUGUGUGUAAUAUAUAGUGUUACCUUGAACUACAGUAUAUCAGGAUGUGGAAGAGGUUUUGUAGAUGAAAUUUUGAGUAUAAUUGUGUUUUAGAGAAGUUUCUUUCCAGCUUAAUAUUUAAGUUUAAGUUGUUAGUUUACUAUACAAGCUUUGACUUUUUUGCAAUAACACUUUGGCUUAGCAUUUAACAGCAGUGCCAGUCAGAAUCCAUUGAUUAGAGUAACCUUGAUGUCUUCAGUUCAUUGCUUUGCAAAUCCACGGAUAUUUAGAUCCAUAGAUAUUAAGCGUAUUCUUAAUCUUCACAGACGUUUGCAUCACUUGAAAAUGAUUUAGCCGAGUUGGAAGGAAUUCUUGGCGAAUAUCAUGAUCCUAUGUAUCAAAUUGAAGAUGAUGAACAUCCUGAAGAUAAAUCUCAUCAUGAAGAACUGUAA